UUAAAGGAGUAGUCGGAGGACGACGAAAUGAUAAAACUGAGCGUCUUAUUGGUCAUCGUAACCGUUAUUGCGGUUGUUCAUGGAUGGUAUGAAACAAAACGCUCUAUAACGAGCGAUACCUGCGUUAGAAGUAUUCAUUGGAUCAAAUAUUCAUUCGAUCCUACGAAACAUUUUUUUAACCAUAUUUCACGGAAGCAAAAAUCUCUGACGAACUCGGAUGUACAAAAAACACUGGGAGAAAUCAAAAAUUGUAUGAGGAACGAACUUUCGGCUCUCAUUGCUACAGCAGAGCAAAUACAACCGGUGAAAAUGUAUUACCAUGAAAUUCGAGAAUUUUUUUUUUCGGACGAGCUCAUAGCUUGCCCUCAAGAGAUUGCGUACAAAGUAGCAAGGAUUUGUUACUCCAGUUUCGAAGAAGUUACGGCCUUCGCGAUCAAUUACGGAAAUCAUCAGAGGCAUCCUGAAUUGGGCAAGAGUAACUACAGUGUAGAAAAUUUCUGUAUGACAAUUAAAACAUUUGUAUAGGAAGUUCUUACGCGGACACGGUGUGGGAAAUUUCAGAUACGAUUUUUGAAAUCCAAACUGGGUAUUGUGCCAGUAAAAGUGAAGCCCAUGAAAAUUACUAUACUUGUGUAUAUGAAAAUGAAUGCACAUGCGAUGGAAUUUUCACUUUUAUGUAUAUAAACAUGAAAAGUUAUUUGCUAAUAUUAAUAUACUAUUGUAUAUUAAAUUUAAUAUACACACGCUUAACUUUAAUUAUCAAAUCUAUAUUCUCCUAUAUUUUUGUUGUUGAUGAAUAGCUAAAGAUACAUCGAAAAAAAUAUUAUUUUAUCAAUUGAUAAAUUAUUUUUCACUACCCGUGAUGGUCAUCACAGUUUCUGGUACCUCUAGAAUCAUUUUAUUCGAAGAAAAAUUCCUACCUACAUGGGGGAUUCGUCCGAUCUACCUACCUACCUACAUAUUACUAACUACGCACGCUACCAACUACACUACCAUGACAUUGAUAGAUGUAAAGCCAAAAAGGCAUUAUAUAAGUUUUGUGACAUAAGAGCAUGGAUCAGUCGACUAACCUCACCUCGAAUUUUCGAAAUGAAAAUUCUCCGCUGUCGUUUGACUCUGUCAGCGGACACGGAAAGAUGGCAAAAAUACGCUGACAGGGGCUUUUUUUUAUUGAUCGAACUGUGUCGAACAUAUUCAAUUUCGAAAAUUGCAGCUAUCUCUCUCGCACUCACGGUGGUGAGAUAGCGAUUGCUCCAUCACCUUAACUCUUUUAGUCAGCAAUGUUUCGUCUGCACCGAUUUUUAUAAAAAUUGGUAUCCGAAAGUUUUUGGGGUCGCUAACUACGAAUCCGAUUACAGAUUUUCAAAAUUUUCUAAAUUAAAAAUGGUGGAUUUAAUGACAGACUACUUGUUUGAAAAUCGAUCCAAUUGGCCUGAAAUUUGUUACUUUUACGGGGUCACUAUUCAUAAAUCUGGUAUAGAUAGUUUUUUAUUAAAAAAAAAAAAAACAAACAAACAAAUUUAAAAAAAAAAUUGGAUCAGUGUUCUGUAUUCUGCUCUCCGUGGAUGAUCUUGGGAACUACGAAUUUGUAUGCAAAUUGGAGUAAAAAUUGACAGGAUUUGUAAUUAUCAAUAACAAAAACGCUAGAGUAAUUAUUUUUGUGGGCAUAGAUUCACUUUCUUCUUUUUUUGACCGCCAUUUAGAAUAUUCAGAAAACUAGCAUCGAAUUCAUAAUUAUGCAGCAUCCUCGGAAACUCCCAAGUAUUUAUUGUUAUGAGCGUAGAUCCAUUUUUGAAGUUACGAAUUUUGAAAAUUUGACAUCGAGUUCAGAAAUCGACGAAAAUUGCGUUACUAUAAAAAAAGUCGGGACUGAAAGGAUUAAAAACUUGAUUACGAAUCCGGCAUUAGAUUUUUAAAAUUCGAAAUGACGGUAUCAAUAUGGUGGCAGUCAAAUUCUGAAAUCUCCUCAAUAUUUUUAAAACUCUGAACUUAGGGGUUUGCGGUGUAACUAAUUACAAAAAAAAUGUAUGGCAAAUCUAUUGAAGAGUUCAUAAUAUAAUUUUCGACCGUGUAUAUUAA